UGCCAGGCAGUCUGGGGGCGGGGCCUGAGGCAAUCUCUCCUGCGGCCGGUGCUUUGCUGGCCCCGGUGCUCUCCGGCAGUCUUCCUCGGCGUCCCGACAACCUCCAGAAUGCCAGGUCCGACCCCCAGCGGCACUAACGUGGGCUCCUCAGGACGCUCUCCUAGCAAAGCAGUGGCCGCGCGUGCGGCGGGAUCCACCGUCCGGCAGAGGAAGAAUGCCAGCUGUGGGACAAGGAGCGCGGGCCGCACGACCUCCGCCGGCACCGGGGGCAUGUGGCGGUUCUACACCGAAGACUCCCCCGGGCUCAAAGUCGGCCCUGUUCCAGUGUUGGUUAUGAGUCUCCUGUUCAUCGCUUCCGUGUUUAUGUUGCACAUUUGGGGCAAGUACACUCGUUCCUAGAUUCGGCUACACCCAUCUGUCAUCUGAAGAAGAAGGAAGAAAUCCCAGCGUAUCUUGGACCAAAAGUACAGUGAUUUUUCUGUUCACGAGAAAGAAAUUUUCUGUAAGCUUAUUGUUUUACAGGGAGUGUAAGAAUUAAUGUUGAGAAAUCUGUUUUUUUCUAUGACUAAUAAACUUUUUAAUUCAUUUA